GAAAACUAACUGUGAUGAUUAAGAAGCUACAAACUUAGGAGUAUCAUUAAGCAAAUGUAAUAAUCUAAAAGUAUUAUAUCUUGAAUUAUGUUAAAACAAUAUAAGAGCUUAAGGAGUAUCUAGUAUAGCAAAAGGAAUAACUAAUUGUAAAUAUCUCACUAAUUUAUCAAUUAGGCUUUACAUAAACAAAAUUGGUGAUGAUGGGGCAACACAUUUGGGUUUAGGAUUAAGUAAUUGUACAGAACUUAAACUUUUGAAUCUCUUUUUAGAAGAGAAUUAGAUCACUGAUUAAGGAGCAUAAAUAAUAUCGAAAUUCUUAAAUAAAUUGUAAAAUUUUCAAUAUUUAGAUAUUCAACUGUGUGAAAAUAAUGUGGGAGAUAGAAUAGAAUAGAAAUACUCGCACAUAAAAAUGCACUCAGAAUACAUCUUAAAUAGAAUAUUUUAUAAAUUAUUUAUUUUAUAUUUUUGUGUUUAUUAAGAAGAACACAUUUAUUUAUUUUUUUUUUUUUUUAUUAUUAAAGAAAAGCAUAUUUUGCUAAACUUAAGAAGGAUGUCUGUCUAUCAGUAUAGAUCACUUGUUAGAAGGAUUUUAACGAAUACAGUUUUUUUUUUAAUUUGCAUUCAUUUUAUUUCUUAAGAUAAAAUUUAUUUUACUAUUAAACUCAUAAGAUUAUAUGAUUAGAUUGAUUGGUUGGUUGGUUGGUUGAUUGAUCAGUUUGAUUGGUUUGAUUGGCUUGAUUGGAUUAUAAACCGUGAUUGA